GACUGAUAGCGCACGGCAGCUAGAAAACAAAUAAGCGGUCUAAGAUAAGGUAAGGAACGUACAGCUAAUGCUCAACGUUGUGUAUUUGUAGGUCUUGGUAGCUUGAACAGUGUAUGUCCAACAUUAUAUAUUUGUAGGUCUGGGUAGAUUGAAAAUAUCGAAUUUGAUUAAUUUCUCUGUGAGGUUGUCAUACCUAUGUAAGUGUGAAUUUGAAACUAAGUUAUUUUGAGCUAUAGGACCUGAGUUCAGGCGUGAAUUAAUGCCCCAUAAAUAGCACUAUUCCUCCAUCGAGUUCGCUGAGUUUCCUUUUUUUUGCCUCACUAUUUUGUUUAAAAAAUUAAUAUAAAUUGUUUCGAAUAAAAAGAUUAAACACACUUAUGUAUUAAAUGAAUUGUUUAUUUUAAUAUUUCACCUAAAAGUGGACAAUUAAUUGACUAAGUUUCCCGAAAGUGACAAGUUAAGUUGUGCAUUUUUAACGUCAAGGUUAGAAAUUAGUCACUAAAAAUGACAUUUUAACCAUCAUUUAAGCAAAGACCCGAUUUAGAUUAUUCUAUGUUUAUUGUAGUGACCAAUUGGGAUAACACAUUGUAAGACGGCUUACACGCCAGGAAUCAUUAUUAAGACUUGAUUUACGUAUUGUGUGCUCUGUUUCAGAGAAGUUUUUUUCCAAAGAAAAGUCAUUCAAACAUGUCCACUCCGCGCGGCACCUUAGCCUUACUCAGCGCGGUAUCAGUUCUGCUACUGGGGCGACUACCAGGCUCCGGUGCCAAGACCGUCGUCAUGUUUCCGCCGGCUGGCCGCAGCUACAUCCUAUACCACGCCAACAUUGCCGAGGCGCUGAUCGAACUCGGCCACGACGUGUGGAUCUGCGUCACAGACUACCUGGCCCAGCAGGGACUGGUCAAAAACCCUUCGGUAAAAGUUCUUGUGUACGGUCGCGCAAUCGGGAACAUCGAGGCCCGGUUCCAGAGCGCCGUCCCCGUCCUAGACGAUUUCUGGGAAGGGAGGACCCGCGGGCUGCUCGACUCCAGCCCGAUGACUAAGCUAGUGAAUCAGAUUACCCAGGAGAUGCUCUUGGACGAGGGGCUCGUCAGCCAACUCAGAAACCUCAAACCAGAUCUCUUCGUGCUGGAGGAGGGCCCCAUGAGCACCAACAUGAUCGUGCUGCCGUACAAGCUGGGUAUUCCGUACGCGUUGAUCGGGACGAUGAACGACAUGCUGCUGACCAGGACCCCAUUCAGCCCGGGCGCGGAACCGAUGGUCUUCAUGGGGUACACAAACAGGAUGACAUUCCUGCAGAGAGUACAUUCCACACUGAUGUACCUCAUGUUCACGGUCUACAAUCCUUUCAUCUCCGAUGAGUUGGUGACUAGAUUCGCCCCAGAGAAACCUCAUUUGACUCUACGCGAGCUCGUGCUCAGGGCAGAAGUUUACGUAUUCGAGGUCGAUCACAUACUCGAUUAUCCGCGACCGUCGAUGCCCAACGUUAAACACGUGGGCGGAUCGUCGGCGACGAUUUCUAAACCACUGACCGGCGACUUCAAGCAGUUCGUGGAGGCAUCUGUUAACGGUAUCGCCGUGGUCACUUUUGGGGGCAAUGAGAUCGGGAUACCGGGGCACAUACUCAAGAGGAUGUCAGAGGCUUUCCAGAAGCUUGAUAUAAAUGUGAUUUGGAAGGCCAACAUGACAUCGCCUGAUCCUACCAGAAUUAUGACCUCAAACUGGGUGCCUCAAAACGAUCUCUUGGGACAUCCCAAGACCAGAGUGUUUGUAUCACAUUGUGGUAAGAAUGGACAGUACGAAGCCCUGUAUCACGCCGUACCUAUUCUCUGUCUUCCCAUCUAUGGAGACCAGUAUUACAAUACCGAACGGAUACGCUCUAAAGGUUUUGGACUUGGAGCAGAUAUUAGAAAAAUCACUUCAGAAGAUCUUGUUCACCUUAUCAAAGAAAUCGCUUCCGAAGCUAAAUAUAAAACCACCAUACAAAAGGCAUCUAAACUAUUCAAAGAACUCUACCAACUUCCGAUGAAAAAGGCUGCCUACUGGUUUGAUCACGUGAUGAAAUACGGGGGAGACUACAUGAGGUCAUCUGGUCAAGAAAUGCCAUUGUAUCAAUUUCUUCUCUUGGACGUCAUGGCUUUCCUAACAGUCGUGACGUCUUGUUUGUUUCUUCUAAUUUUCCUCGUUUUCAGGUUUAUAGAGAGGCGCCUCCUUAACAGGAAACAUACGCCGAAGUCAAAGCAGCAAUGAUCUGCAUUGCAAACCAGAUCGCUAAAAAUUAAAGCGUCAAACGAAAUGUGAUUACGUGGAUUCAUUAUGUUUCAUCGGUAAAGUGGGGAUCAAAUAGGGAGCUCUUUACAAUUGAAUAACUGAUUGCUAACUUUUAAAAUCGCUGGUUCUUUUUACAAGUUGAUUACAAAUACAUAAAUGUUUUAUUUUUUUUUAUCGUAAACAUUUUCCUAUUCGUCAGACC